AUGUCUUCCGCUACAACUUUCUAUGAUCUCGCGCCUCUUGACUCUGGAAACCAAGUUUAUGACUUCAACCAGUUGAAAGGGAAGGUGGUUCUCGUUGUCAACGUCGCUAGCAAGUAUAUCUCCCCAGCUUAUUCCCCGGGUCUUCAAUAAAAUUCCCUUCGCGGCUAACGAUGGGUGCAUAGGUGCGGCUUUACUCCUGUAGGUUUAUCGAGCUAAGAUUUAUCCAUUAGUCGGAUAGUUAAGCUUAUUCGCCGGAUUAGCAAUACGAGGGCCUUGAGAAGCUUCACGAGAAGUACAAGGACCAGGGGCUCGAAGUGCUCGGUUUCCCGUGUAACCAGUUCGGUGGCCAAGAGCCAGGAACAGCUGAGGAGAUCCAGGAUGUAAGAGACUUCCUGCCACUCACAGAUUGAACAUGAUGACUUACUCGCCCGUUGCAGUUUUGCACGUGGGUUCUGGCCAUAUCCUCUUGCUUUCACCUUGGCCCAGUAUUAACAGCGAUCAAAGAGUCAAUUACGGCGUCAAGUUCCCUGUUCUCGCCAAGAUCGAUGUCAAUGGAGAUAAUGCUUCCCCGGUGUACAAGUACUAUCCUCAACUCCCCCGGCAGGGGCCUUUUAUGAGCUGAUGAUAUGGCACAGAUGGCUCAAAAAUGAGAAGGCCGGCCUUUUAGGAAUGAAGCUCAUGUAUGUCCCCUAGUUAUACUGAGUUUUAUGUUCCAGGUAAAUCAAAUACUAACUCUGCAUUUAGCAAAUGGAACUACGGUAAGAAAAAUUUCCACGCCUUAUAAAGCAUCCGACAAUGUCUAACGCCUGUCUAGAGAAAUUUCUCGUUUCUAGGGAAGGCAAAGUGGUUGAACGCUACGCCUCCACCACUAAGCCCGAAUCUUUGACCUCUGCCAUUGAGAAGGAACUCAAUAAGGAUACUCCUCCGCGUGCUGAAUUGUGAUCGGACUCUUGGAUGGCUCGUGGUGGCUUUUCCCCGCAUUCGCGAGUCUUGUGACUUUAGGCUCCGAUGGUGGGUUUAAUAGCGAUCACGCAAUGAAUUUGUGGUUUAGCGAAAGUUAUUAUACCUCUUGUUUUCUUUCCAGACGCACUGGAAUUACGACCUGAGAAUAGGAGAAUGACUCAUCCAUCUUAUCUUUCUCUCUCAUCCACCCUUUGCCAGUUAAGUGAUAUACGAUGAUACCGCAAUGAUUCCUUGUGUUUCCCUUGAGCAAUGCCCUAGAACCCAGGGGCCUCAUGUGAACCCACCAGAACCCUACAAUGGUGUUAACCCCCCAUAGCAUG